AGGAUAUUGUAAGGGCAUUUUAUUGGCUGCAGUAGGCAUUGACGGUAAUAACUCCAUGUUUCCCAUUGCCUACUGUGUUGCUGAAAAGGAAAACACUGAGGUUUGGACUUGGUUCUUGGAGCUAUUGAAGGCUGAUAUUGGGAGUUUGAGUCCCACCAAGGUGACAAUGAUGAGUGAUCGUCAAAAAGGAUUAGAAAAUGCAGUGGGAGCCAUCUUCAGUGGGUGUGAGGUGAGGUUUUGUGUUAGACAUCUUCAUGCUAACUUUAAAAAGGAAUAUCCUGGACUUUUACUUAAGCAACUUUUGUGGGCAGCAGCUAAUACUACAACACAAGCUGAGUUUGCUCGAGCAAUGCAAGAAGUCAAGAGUGUCUCGGAUGGUGCUUACUAUUGGCUGGCAGGGAAGAACCCCACAGAAUGGACUAAGUCAUAUAUUUCAGAGUACCCAAAAUGUGACAUUUUGGUGAAUAAUUUGUGUGAGAGUUUCAAUGCAGCCAUACUUGAUGCUCGCGACAAGCCAAUUAUAACUUUACUAGAGAAAAUUAGAUUUUGGUUGAUGUCUCGGUUUUAUAACAAAAAAGCUAAGUUGGAGAAGAUGACUCAACCUGUGGGGAAGAGAAUUUUGAAGAUAAUUGAGAAGCAAAAAGAGGUUGCAAAGCAUUGUCUGGUUACUAGGUCUGACAAGUUUCAGUUUCAGGUUCAAUGCAGCAAUGGUAGUGCCUUGGUUGUCGAUUUGGAAUUCAGAACUUGUACAUGUAGGAGGUUUCAACUAUCUGGGCUUCCUUGUGGCCAUGCACUAGCUACUAUCUGGUUCAUGGGAGGUAAUGUCUUUGAUUAUGUCCACGGAUUCUAUAAAAAAGAAUCAUUGCAAAAAGCAUAUGGACAGAGUGUGCAUCCUAUGCCUAGUCCAGAUAUGUGGCCUCAGACAGGACUCAACCCAAUUGAUCCACCACCUAAGACGAAGCUGCCUGGAAGACCUAAGAAAGCUAGGAGAAGGGAGACAGAUGAACCUCCACCUGCUUUAAAGAAAGCUCGAAGAACUGGACAAGUUAAAACAUGCAGCAAUUGUCUGAAAACAGGCCACAGGAGAGAAACAUGCAAAUCUGCUAAGGUGGUGGUUGAGAAUCGUGUGGUCAAAAAGCGAGGUCGUCCACCACUGCAGAACCCAACUGAAUCCACACUUUUAAGGAAGGAAAGAAGACUGAAACAGCAUGCUAAAGGAGGAACUAGUGGUGCAACCAAUGCUCAACCCGAUACUGUCUGACUGGAAGGAGGAGUUUCAUCUUUUGAUUUUAUUUUGAACUAGUGGUCGAAUCUUGUAUUUUGGUGUCUGUUAUGUUGACCAUUUUAGAGUCAUGUAUUUUGGUGUCUGUUUUUUGAGUCAUGACAGGGUCAUGCUGGCCAUGA